AUGGCAUACAAGGAAAAAAGGAAAACAAGCAUGUAUUUGGGACGCAUUCAACAAGGAAAGGACGAGUCAUUGCGAAGCUAUGUUAAGCGCUUCAACCUAGAAGUCGGACAGAUCCCAGAUCUGCCCAAUGGCGUCUCUUUCGAUAAUUUUAUUAGAGGAUUGAAGAAGGGGUCACUCAAGUUUGACUUAGUUAAGAAAAGUGUCCGGACUAUGGCUGAAGUCUUGGACGAGGCCGAAGUCUUUAUUCAUGCAACAGAAAUAUGUAGUGCGUCCAAGGUUGGAAAGAAUGGUGAAGCGACAGACUCCUCAGAGAAGAAAGAGAAGAUAGACAGGAAAGUCCCACGAGUAAAUGUGGACGUCGGGACCAGGUUGGAUCUUGAACGGCCCUUCCCCAUGAAAUCUCCUGCUGAGAGUCGAGAUCCUAAGCUGUAUUGUCAGUUCCACGAAUAUAUAGGGCAUGACACCAAGGAUUGCAGAAGCCUGAAGAGAGCCAUGGACGACCUAGCCUCCAAGGGGCACCUAAAGAACUACCUGCAAAGAAGCACUCACGGCACUAGAAAAAAUCAUUACAAGAAAAACAAGUCACAUGUCUCAGAUACAGAAGGAAAUCACAGCGAAGGAGGAUUUUUAGCCGUCAUAUCAGGAGAACCAGCUGCUGGUGGGCCCACCAUGAGGGGACAAAAAGAUUAUGCUCGCUGUCUAGGACAAGUAAUGUUAUCAGGAAAAUCACCAGUGGACCCAUUCCCUCGGAUAGAAAUAUGCGAGUCAGACGGUGGACGUGUAGCCACCCCACAUGACUACCCUCUCGUGGUCGAGAUCAAAAUCUCUAACAUGAGAGUAAAACACUUCUUGAUAGAUACAGGAAGAUCAUCUGAUAUAAUGUGCAUGGAGUUCCUAAGCCGCCUAGAUCAUGACCCUAAGACCACAAAGACCAUCCACUACCCUAUCAUUGGCUUUGGAGGAAGCAUUAUACAUCCAAUUAAGGCAGUGGUUGUCACCCAUCUCAUGCUUCUGAAGUAUGUGUGUGACGAUGGGACAAUAGGAACUAUACACGGAGAUCAACAACAAGAAAGAGACAGCUACCUCACAACUCUUAACCCAUCAGCAUGGAGGAAAGAUCUGGCUGGGACCAAAGGCAAAAGGAAGUAUGAAGAAGAACCACCAACGGCCGGCGAGGGUAUCCUAGUUAAAAUAGAGAAAAGUGGCUGA